AUGAGCAGCACCACACUGAGUACCCAACCAGAACCUUCCACAACUACAGUUUCUGAACCUUUUGACUUGGUCCGUCUGUCACUCGACGAAAUAGUCACCGUCAAGUUACGUGUUGGCCGUGUUCUGAAAGGUAGACUCCACGCAUAUGAUUCUCACUGUAAUCUCAUCAUGAGCAACGUUGAAGAGACAAUCACAUAUUUUGAGGACGGUGAUGAAGAGCCCAAGUCUAUAAAAAAACACAGUGAAAUGAUGUUUGUUCGUGGCGAUUCCGUUAUUUUAAUCAGCCCGCCAACACGAAGAUAA